AUGUCUCUACCACAAACCUACAAGCGCGCUGUCUUCAAAGAACUGGGCCAUCCCCUGACGGUGGAGGAUGCGCCGCUGAAGCUCCCCGGCCCCAAUGAGCUGCUGAUAAAGGUCGAAGCUUGCGGGGUGUGCUACUCGGACAUGUACUCUCAGUAUAACGGCCUCGGUGGGGGAUUUCCCAUUGUACCAGGCCAUGAGAUUAUUGGCAAGGUCGCCGCGGUUGGGAGCGAGGUCCGAGACUGGUAUGUUGGGCAGCGUAUUGGGGCUGGUUGGCACGGCGGCCACGACGGGACUUGCAAGGCAUGCAAACAGGGCUAUUUCCAGAUGUGCGACAGUACUGCCGUCAAUGGCGCGACAAAGGAGGGUGGAUAUGCCGAGUAUACUCUUAUUCGCUCCGAGUCGGCUGUCCACAUUCCGGCCAACGUUGAUGCCGCGAGUUAUGCGCCCAUUCUCUGUGCUGGCCUGACAGUCUUCAACUCCAUCCGCAACGUGAACAUCAGAGCUGGUGAAACCGUUGCCGUUCAGGGCCUGGGAGGCCUCGGCCAUUUAGCCAUACAGUAUGCGAAGCGCAUGGGAUACCGUGUCGUCGCGAUCUCACGCGGCCCAGAGAAGGAGGCCGCAGCGCGCGAGCUCGGAGCUGACGAGUAUAUCGACUCGAAUGAAGGUGAUUCUGGCGAGCAGCUCGCGGCACUCGGUGGCGCUGCUCUCGCUGUUACGACGGCCUCGACGGGAGAAGCCAUCACUCCGUUACUGAAGGGCUUGGGGAUUCUGGGGAAGCUGCUUGUUCUCAGCUUUCCGAGCAAUCUGACCUUGGAGCCCACGGACUUGCUCAAAUACGGUCUUUCCGUGCACUUCUGGCCCAGUGGCCAUCCUGGUGACGCUGAGGACGCCGUUCGAUUUGCUGAAAACACGAACAUUGCCAGUGUCGUCGAGAGGUUCCCCCUCGAGCAAGCGCAGCAAGCAUUCGAAUCCAUGCUCAGCGGGAAGGUUCGCUUUAGGGCUGUCAUCACUAUGGACUAG